GCUGGUACUUCCCAUACUGUACUUGUUACUGACUAUGAGCUUCUGACUAGUUUCAUUGGUGUCAUGUCACAGCUCACUCGUACAGAACUUCUUGAUGUACGUUUUCGAAUCGUUCUUGGAACGUUCAUUACACAAAAAGCUCCGCAAAAUGCAGUGAGGUUUAUCGUGAAAUCUUUGCCUACGGGUCUAUCAACACUGCGAAUCGAGCCCGUGCUCAGCUCUGACAAUCAAACGGUUGUGUCCUGUUCGGCUGAUAAUGGUGUUGCGAAUCCUGUCGUUGCAGAUGCUAUCAUAACAGUGCUCAGCAAAGCUGAAAUUCCUGCGGGAUUCCCUGCUGUUGAUGCUCAUCCAACGCUGAAAUCAGUUGAACAGGGCCGAACAGCUCAUGUCACAUGUCGGGUUAGAGGUGAUCCACGGCCCAAAGUUCUAUGGUUACGAGAUUUGGUGCCGGUCGACAUACGAGCCGAUGGGCGAUAUUCCGUUUCCACUAUGGGAAAUCCAGGCGCUCUGAUGAUCCAGCAGGCUCGAGAGGAGGACCAGGGCAAGUACGAGUGCGUGGCAAGGAACAGCUUGGGCGUCGUCCACUCGAAAGCGGCACACCUUUACAAUGCAGGCGCAUUCCUUGGCAACACACUGCCAUUGCAUCUCUUCGGUGUCGAAAAGAACACCACUAACUAUGAUAUUGUUCGCCGUGUGCCACCGUACUUCUCCUACAAGCUCGAACGGAUCUACCGUGUCGGAGCUGGCGGAAGUGUAAACCUCACAUGUGUCGCUGUUGGAUUUCCAAUGCCACGGGUAUUCUGGAAGAAAAGCGAUGAUGUUGUACUGAGUGAUCCAGCUACGGCACCAAUCGGCAGGAACGUGCUUACACUAACGAACAUCGAACAGUCGGAGAAUUUCACCUGCGUCGCCGUUAGUAAACUUGGGAACAUUGAAGCCACGACGUUGGUCGAAGUUAAAGCUCUUCCUCCUCCUCCUCGCAACUUCAAAGUGUCCUCAGUUACCAGUACUAGCGUCACAUUGACAUGGGAGGCACCAACGUUGACCGAACCGGCGAUAGAGUAUGUCAUCAAGUACCGACAGAAGUAUGUUCCACUUCGUCUCAAUCCCGUACUGGAGGCUUCUCCACAGGUUAGGUCAUUUUUAACAUUUACUGCCCACAGAUAUACCGAUUCCAAUGUAAUGAAGAAAUGGAAAGUGGAUCCGUUGCUGACCAGCACGACCAUCGACCAUCUGGAGCCAUUUCAGCUAUACGAAUUUGUGAUUGCUACCGUGGGAGACUUUGGUGAAGGACCUCCUUCGAUUCCUAGAGAAGCUCAGACCGCAGCCGCAGCUCCAAGCCCUCCGGUCAAGGUUAGAACAAUGUCUGUUUAUAUAUUAAAGAAAAGAAGGUAUCAAAAACCAGAAAAAAUAGUUUAUUGA